AUGAGGGUUGUUAUCGCCACAAGAGCAGACCAAUUUUUCGUUGAAGUAGAGAGCCAAGAAAAAGUUAUCGAACUCAAAACUAAAAUAGAACAAAUCAUCGGUGUCCCAGUGGCUUCACAAAUGCUCACUGUAUCUGGGUGGGAGCUUGUAGAUGGGCUAGACAUGGAAGAUUACCCCAUAAUCACAGAUGGGACAAAAGUGGACCUCACAAUCAAGCCAGUCCUUCCACAUUUUUCCCAUUUUAAUAAAAUCCAAAUCACAGUGAAAUUUCCAGCAAGACAGUUCAUCGUAGAAGUGGACAGGACAGACACAGUUCGGAGUUUGAAGGAAAAGAUUCACAUCCUUGAUAACACGCCAAUCAAAAGAAUGUCACUUUUCUUUUCAGGUGUGGAAUUGGAUGAAGAUUUUAGAAACCUGAGUGAGUACGGCAUAGGUGAAUUUUCUGAGAUUAUUGUGUUUCUCAAGACUAUGAAUCGCUCGAGAGAUGAUCCUCCCACAAGGAAGCUAAGUCUGGUGGUACAAACUUCCUCUAGCUUACUGAAUGCAGCCACAAUUCCAGUGGAAAUGAGAGAUGCAAGUACUGUGAAUGAGUUAAAACAAUUGUUGCUGAGCAGAAAAAUUCUGCCACCUGAUGACUAUUUGUUCAUACACAGACAAAGAAUAAUGCGUGAUAGUUGUAGCCUUAGGUGGCAUGGGGUUGAAAAUGGAGACUUUCUCUAUGUCUUCAAAGGCACUGUUAGUCGCAGUGGCACUUUCUGA